CGACGGCGCGGUCGGAGGACUGGGACUGGCUAGUGGGGAAACGAAACUAAGGCUGGAGGCGGAGGCUCUGGUCGCAGCCAAGCCCGGCCCGGUGGCGGCGGCGACAACAGGGUCUGCCUGACUUCCCCCCCUUUCCGCUCCCGGCAGCUCUGCCUCUCCCCUCAGCUUAACAAUGAAGAGGAGACUUGACCCAGAAUGCACCGCUCCCAUCAAGAAACAGAAAAAAAGAGUUGCAGAACUUGCCCUGAGCCUCAGCUCCACAUCAGAUGAUGAGCCUUCCACUCCUGUCAGUCAUGCAGCAAAAGUUUCUGCAACAAGCCUCAGUGAGUCUGACAGUGAGAAUGAAGGGAAGCCAUGCAGCUCUGACUCUUUCAAUGAUGUGUUCAAAGCAGACUCACUCGUGGAGGGAACAUCUUCUCGAUACUCCAUGUACAACAGCGUCUCCCAGAAGCUCAUGGCCAAGAUGGGCUUCAAGGAAGGAGAAGGCUUGGGUAAAUUCAGCCAGGGUCGGAAGGACAUUGUUGAAGCCUCUAAUCAGAAGGGUCGGAGAGGCCUGGGCCUGACUCUGCAGGGCUUCGAUCGGGAGCUGAACGUGGACUGGCGAGAUGAGCCUGAGCCCAGUGCUUGUGAGCAGGUGUCGUGGUUCCCAGAGUGUACCAUGGAAAUUCCUGACACUCAAGAAAUGAGUGAUUGGAUGGUCGUUGGAAAGAGAAAGAUGAAGAUUGAGGACGAGACGGAGUUCUGUGGGGCAGAGCUGCUCCACAGCAUGCUGCAGUGUAAGACUGUGUUUGAUGACCUGGACAGUGAGGAGAUGCGGCGGGCUCGAACCCGGGCCAAUCCCUACGAGAUGAUCCGAGGAGUCUUCUUCCUUAACAGGGCAGCGAUGAAGAUGGCUAACAUGGAUUUUGUGUUCGAUCGCAUGUUUACAAAUCCCCGGGACUCUAAGGGGAUGCCAUUGGUGAAGGACCGGAACGCAGAGCUGCUGUAUUUCGCCGACGUCUGUGCAGGCCCGGGCGGCUUCUCCGAGUAUGUGCUGUGGAGGAGGAAGUGGCAUGCGAAGGGCUUUGGGAUGACCCUGAAGGGGCCCAACGACUUCAAGCUGGAGGACUUCUACUCGGCGUCCAGUGAGCUCUUUGAGCCCUACUACGGUGAGGGUGGAGUUGAUGGAGAUGGCGACAUCACCCGCCCAGAGAAUGUUACCGCAUUUCGGAACUUUGUCUUGGAUAACACAGACCGCAAGGGAGUCCACUUUUUGAUGGCUGAUGGGGGCUUCUCCGUGGAGGAGCAGAAGAACCUGCAGGAGAUCCUCAGCAAGCAGCUGCUGCUGUGCCAGUUCCUCAUGGCGCUGUCCAUCGUUCGCACAGGAGGCCACUUCAUCUGUAAGACCUUUGACCUCUUCACCCCCUUCAGCGUGGGGCUCAUCUACUUGCUCUACUGCUGCUUUGAGCGCGUGUGUCUCUUUAAGCCUGUUACCAGCCGGCCCGCCAACUCUGAGAGGUACGUGGUAUGCAAGGGCCUGAAGAGGGGCACGGAUGACGUGCGCGAGUACCUCUUCUCGGUGAACAUGAAACUCAACCAGCUCCGAGACACCGACUCUGAUGUCAACCUUGUGGUCCCCUUGAAGGUGAUCAAGGAGGACCCCGAGUUUAUGGACUACAUGAUCCGCUCUAACGAGAGCCACUGUAGCCUGCAGAUCAAAGCACUGGCCAAAAUCCACGCCUUCGUUCAGGACAUGACCCUGAGCGAGCCCCGGCAGGCGGAGAUCCGGAAGGAGUGCCUGCGGCUCUGGGAGAUUCCGGACCAGGCUCGAGUUGCUCCUUCUUCUUCAGACCCAAAGUCUAAGUUCUUCGAGCUGAUCCAGGGUGCCGAGAUCGAUGUCUUCAGCUACAAGCCCACCCUGCUUACUGCCAAAACCCUGGAGAAGAUCCGGCCCGUGCUGGACUACCGCUGCAUGGUGUCUGGCAGCCAGCAGAAGUUCCUCCUCGGCAUGGGGAAGUCCCAGAUCUAUACGUGGGACGGCCGCCAGUCAGACCGCUGGGUCAAGCUGGACCUGAAGACAGAGCUGCCCCGGGACACACUGCUGUCCGUGGAGAUCGUGUACGAGCUGAAAGGGGAGGGGAAGGCCCAGCGGAAGAUCAGCGCCAUCCACAUCCUUGAUGUCCUCGUGCUGAAUGGCAAUGAUGUCCGGGACCAGCAUUUCAACCAGCGGAUUCAGCUUGCUGAGAAGUUUGUGAAAGCCGUUUCCAAGCCCAGCCGGCCCGACAUGAAUCCCAUCAGGGUGAAGGAGGUAUACAGGCUAGAGGAGGUAGAGAAGAUCUUUCUCAGGCUGGAAAUGAAGAUCAUCAAGGGCUCCAGUGGCACCCCAAGGCUCAGCUACACAGGGCGGGAUGACCGGCACUUUGUGCCCACAGGCCUGUACAUCGUCAGGACACUGAAUGAGCCAUGGACCAUGGGCUUCAGCAAAAGUGUCAAGAGGAAGUUUUUCUACAACAGGAAGACCAGGGAGUCUACGUUUAACAUCCCCCCAGACUCCAUCGCCCCGUUCCACGUCUGCUACUUUAGCCGGCUCUUCUGGGAGUGGGGAGAUGGCAUCCGUUUGCAUGACUCCCAGAAGCCGCAGGACCUGGACAAGCUGUCCAAGGAGGAUGUCCUGUCCUUCAUCCACAUGCACAGCCACUGAGCCCCGCUGGGAUGCUCCCGCCCACUGCCCUACCUCUCCCAGGCCAGGGCUCGCUGGGCAGGUUCCUUCUGCCUCUGUGAAGGGACUGGGGAGCACCAAGCCAGGGGUUGCAGGCGGGGCCUUCGGAGGACACAUAGAUUCCCAUGCCGCCUGCUCCCCAGGCGGGUUUGAGGUCAGUGCCCAGAGGACAGGACAGAGUAGAGGGCUCUGGGUGCUGCCAGUUCUCUUGGGACUCCUGCAUACUAGCUUUCUGGAGCUUGGCACUGCCCAGGGAGCCCAGGCCCCUGUGGUUUCUGGCCAGGAGCAGCUGUUGUACAAGUCAGUUUUGCAUUUGCUGUGUUGAUGCCAAGCUGGAGAAGACUUGGUCUCCGCUUCCGUUCACUCCCUUUCCUGCAGCCCAGCCCAGCCCAGCCCAGCCCUGACGGUCCUGGCAGGCCAGGACAGACGAGGGUGGACCUGACACCCCUUGGGCUCAGAGCUGUCUUUGGCACCGGCUGUGACUGUGGAGCCUUCCUGGGUCACUUUUAAUCUAAAAGUUGGGCAGGUCAAGGAGGACAGGGAGUGGCCUUCAAGGCCUGCCUUUCCUCUUGCUUUGAAGCAGUGACCAUCAUGGUGGCAGAGGGCACCUUGAGUUUUGAGUGGUGUCCAUCCUGGGGCAGCUGUAUAGGCCGCUGCUGUUUUGAGCGGAGUUGCUCUGUACUGCUUCUGGGCCCGUGCCCCAGUGGCUGCUGCGUUUUCUAUAUCUUAUAGGCACAAAGACAGGAGGAGAGCAGGGCCACAGCUCGGGGAGGCGAGGGCCCCCAGGUGGUUUUUAACAGGAAAUACCUUUCCCAGAUGCCCCCCGGAUCCCUAGGCCCCAGCCCUGUGCCAGUCUAGUUUCCAUGGAGCAGGGCCCGAGGCUCCCUGGAGGUUGGAUGGACUCCACCAGCGGAUGCCCAGGCAGAGAGGCUGGAUUUCACCCAGCUCUGGGCUCCUCCAUGUGUCCUGCAGAAUCUUGGUUCAUUAAAGAUAAACAUAUUUUUAA